AUGUUAAAUCGAUUCAUUGGAAAGAAUGAAGAACCUUCAAUAGAUGAAACUCAUGCAAUUCUUGAGUCAAGAGUAACUGAUUUAGAUCAAAAGAUUGUUGAUUUGGAUCGACAAAUUCGUCAAAACAUUGAAAUGUCACAUAAAACAACUGGUGCUGAAAGCCAACGAUAUAAACAGAAGGCAUUAAUGUUAUUAAAACAAAAGAAACAACACGAACAACAUCGGGACAUAACUGAAAGACAUCAAAUGAAUUUAGAAAAUGUUCAAUUCCAAGUAGACCAAAUGAAAGAUUACAAAAAAGUUUAUGAUGCAAUGGCAGCUUCAAAUAGACAAAUGAAACUCAUAUCACGCCAAUUUGAUAUUAAUUCUAUUGAAGAUGUUCAAGACAGUAUGAUGAAUUUUGCAGAAGAUCAACAAGAAUUUGGUGACAUUUUAUCACAAGACAUCACAAAUAUGGAUUUGAAUGAAUUAGAUGAUGAACUAGCUGAAUUAGGUGAUUCAAUGUUUGAAGGAGAUAUUCAAAUCCCAGAAUCAGAUGGGUUUGGGUCUGUUCCAAUAACUAACGAACCGUUUAGACAAAAAGAAGAAUCACAACCAGAUGACAAAAAAUUUGCAAUUUAA